UCGCGCGGCCGGACCCAAGCUUCCGUCUUCCCGCAGCACCACCUGGACUAGAUUCAACUCGGAGAGAGAGACAGGCGUUAAAACCAGCAGAGCCACCUGAGGGGCGCAGGGUCCCGCCCGGGCUUGGGGGCGGUCCAGGCAGCCAGCAUCCUCGCGCCGCCCAUGCGCCACGCCCUCCGGCCCUCCCUGGCUCCAUAUUGCAGGAAAGCGGGCUAGGGUGUGACGCUGCUUUCUGGUUCAGUCCUUGACCCUUACCAGACGUCCAGGUAACCAAGAUGCAGAGGGGAAUGGCUAAACCGGUGGACAAGUGAAAAGACGCAAGAAUGUCAUACCCAGGCUACCCCCCGACAGGCUACCCACCUUUCCCUGGAUAUCCUCCUGCAGGUCAGGAGUCCUCUUUCCCCACUUCGGGUCAGUAUCCGUACCCUAGUGGCUUUCCACCAAUGGGAGGAGGUGCUUACCCACCAGCUCCAAGUGGUGGCUACCCAGGAGCUGGAGGCUACCCCUCACCUGGAGGUUAUCCAGCCCCUGGGGGCUAUCCUGGAACCCUAAAUCCAGGGGGUCCUCCAGCCUAUCCUGGAGGCCAAGGCUUUGGGGCCCCACCUGGUGGAGCAGGCUUUGCUGGCUAUCCACAGCCACCUGCACAGUCUUACGGCGGUGGACCAGCCCAGGUUCCAGUCCCAGGUGGCUUUCCUGGAGGGCAGAUGCCAUCUCAGUACCCCGGAGGACAGUCUCCCUACCCUGGCCAGCCUGCUGCGAUGACUCAGGGCACCCAAGGAACCAUCCGCCCAGCCUCCAACUUCGAUGCUAUGAGGGAUGCAGAGAUUCUCCGCAAAGCAAUGAAGGGGUUUGGGACUGAUGAGCAAGCGAUUGUGGAUGUCGUGUCCAACCGUUCCAAUGACCAGAGGCAACAAAUUAAAGCAGCUUUUAAGACCAUGUAUGGCAAGGAUUUAAUUAAAGAUCUCAAGUCAGAGUUGAGUGGAAACAUGGAAGAAUUAAUCCUUGCCCUGUUCAUGCCUCCUACGUACUAUGAUGCCUGGAGUUUGCGGAAGGCGAUGCAGGGAGCAGGAACUCAAGAGCGUGUGUUGAUAGAGAUUUUGUGCACAAGAACAAAUCAAGAAAUCCGAGACAUUGUUAGAUGCUAUCAAUUAGAGUUUGGACGCGAGCUCGAGAGAGACAUUAGAUCGGAUACCUCAGGACAUUUCGAACGGCUCCUCGUGUCCAUGUGCCAGGGAAACCGUGACGAGAGCCCGAGUGUAAACCACCAGAUGGCCCAGGAAGACGCCCAGCGCCUCUAUCAGGCUGGGGAGGGGAGGCUAGGGACAGACGAAUCCUGUUUCAACAUGAUCCUCGCCACAAGGAGCUUCCCUCAGCUGAGAGCCACCAUGGAGGCCUAUUCCAGGAUGGCUAAUCGAGAUUUGCUAAGCAGUGUGAGCAGGGAAUUUUCCGGAUACGUUGAAAGCGGUUUGAAGACCAUAUUGCAGUGCGCCCUCAACCGCCCUGCCUUCUUCGCCGAGCGACUCUACUAUUCCAUGAAAGGCGCUGGAACGGAUGACUCCACCCUGGUCAGGAUUGUGGUCACUCGGAGUGAGAUUGACCUCGUUCAGAUAAAACAGAUGUUCACCCAGAUGUAUCAGAAGACCCUAAGCACGAUGAUUGCAAGUGACACCAGUGGAGAUUACAGGAAGCUGCUCCUGGCCAUCGUUGGCCAGUGAUGGGGAUUUUUUUCCCUUUAAGGAAUGAAGCUCUUCAGGGCCCAUCUUUCCGAGCAAUGAGACCUGCAUGCAGCCACGUCAGACACCAGCUGACCAGACGAGUGCUUUUCCACUGAGGCCUGUCAGGGGGUGUGCUGCGUUUGCACAUGUUGUCACUGCCUUAAUUCUAAUGUCAGUCUCUUUCUUUCUGUAUCCAAUCAGCGUAAAAGCCAUGUCAAUGACAUAGUAAUGUAAUAUUUGUAAAGCUUCACUCCCACUGCUUUCACUUUAAUCCGGAUUUCAAAUUAAAUAAAAUUCACAGCAAUCUCUAAUUCUGUGUAACGUUAAAAGAACGAGAGAAUGAGAACGGUGUUCAUUAAAACAUGCCGUUCUGGUUUUGCAGAAGGUGAUAUUCAGUUUAGGAAUAAGCCUCCGUGACUCACAUCCAUGGCUAAAGUUUCCUGGUAAAAAGGGAAUUAAACUGUCUCAGCUAGUAAUAGUGCAGGACGGAAAGGCCAUGUGGUGUUCCCCUAAAUACGACAGUCUAUGCAGGCAAGCUUCUCGGAGGUUCUGGAAAUGUCACUUGGUGUUCUUGAGACCCCUUUCCAUCCCAAGGCCAGCAGUUGUCAGCCAUUAGUAACGCACCACACUGUGUGGUAGGAGUGCCUUGAACACCACACAGCUCUGACAGUGGCGUCCUGUGCAAGGCUGGCCCUCGUGGUAACCAGCAUGUCCCUGAGACCAUCGAGAGCUUAACUGGAAGCAGGGGAAAGCUGCUCCUCUUCUUCCUCCUCCUCUUCCUUCUCUUCCUCCUCCUCCUCUUCCUCCUCCUUCUCCUCCCCCAUAGCCCAGGUCUUUGAGUAACCUGAUUACUUCUGUGCUCCUACCCAGUUCCAGUGAAUGAGGAAAAAGGCAAGCACCAUUUUACAUUUAAUUGCCACAAGGAAAAUGACUUCUAAAAGCCUCCGUUUUCUGUCUUUUAACAGAUUUUAUGUGCACGAGUGUUUGUCUGCGUACAUGCACAUGCACCCAACCACUUGCAUGCCUAUUUUCCUGAGGAGGCCAGGAGAGGUUUUGGAAACCCUGAAAUGGAGAUUAUAGAUGCUUGUGAACUAGCCACUCAGUGCUGGCAUCAGAACCCAGGUCCUCUGUUUGGUUUAUUAGAAUAGAAAAGUGAAAAGCUAUAAUCUGAGCUUUGAUUUUAAGAUAAAUGUUUAAACAGUCUGGACUCAUGACUUUACAGAAACAAUAAAAUUGUAUAAUACUUUAAAACCACA